GAGCAGGUCGGGGGCUGCGGGGAGGGGACGCUUUCCGCCGGCGCGCGGAGCGAGGACGGUGACAGCCACGCGCGCACGUGCGCGCCUGGCUGCAGCGCGUCCGUGAGUCCUCCAUCAGUUGCUGAGAGGCGCGCGGAAUCUGGGCCGCAGCCGUCUAGGGGCCUCGUCCUCAGGUGACCCCAGUGUCCCCGGCCCGAGUCCAGAGCGCCGGGCCGGUUCCACCCCAUCGGUCCCCACUCUCGAUUCCUCCUCACGGCCGUCAAGGCCUGCCUCGCAACUCUCCUUUUCCGCUCCAGGGACAGGGUCCUCGCGGCCCAUGCUGGCUGCUGGGGGCCCGCGCCGUCCAGACAGUUUUCGGGCCGGCCGGCCGUGCACCAUGGUGGCCCUGAGGCCUGUGCAGCUCCUCCAGGGGGGCUAACAGUCCCAGAGCACAGGCCUCGGGAAGCGAGGGUCCCGGGCCUGAGCCCCGCACCAUGGCCGGGGCCAUCGCUUCCCGCAUGAGCUUCAGCUCCCUCAAGAGGAAGCAGCCCAAGACGUUCACCGUGCGGAUCGUUACCAUGGACGCCGAGAUGGAGUUUAAUUGCGAGAUGAAGUGGAAAGGGAAGGACCUAUUUGACCUGGUGUGCCGGACCCUGGGGCUUCGGGAGACCUGGUUCUUUGGCCUGCAGUACACCAUCAAGGACACCGUGGCCUGGCUCAAGAUGGACAAGAAGGUGCUGGAUCACGAUGUUUCGAAGGAAGAGCCAGUCACCUUCCACUUCCUGGCCAAAUUUUAUCCCGAGAAUGCGGAGGAGGAGCUGGUUCAGGAAAUCACGCAGCAUUUAUUCUUCCUGCAGGUAAAGAAGCAGAUCUUAGAUGAAAAGAUCUACUGCCCUCCUGAGGCUUCUGUGCUCCUGGCUUCUUACGCCGUCCAGGCCAAGUACGGGGACUAUGACCCCUCUGUUCACAAGCGGGGAUUUUUGGCCCAAGAGGAAUUGCUUCCAAAACGGGUCAUAAAUCUGUAUCAGAUGACUCCAGAAAUGUGGGAGGAGAGAAUCACAGCCUGGUACGCAGAGCACCGAGGCCGAGCCAGGGAUGAAGCUGAAAUGGAAUAUUUGAAGAUAGCUCAGGACCUGGAGAUGUAUGGCGUGAAUUACUUCGCAAUCCGGAAUAAAAAGGGCACAGAGCUGCUGCUUGGAGUGGAUGCUCUGGGGCUUCACAUCUAUGACCCCGAGAACAGGCUGACCCCCAAGAUCUCCUUCCCGUGGAAUGAAAUCCGAAACAUCUCGUACAGCGACAAGGAGUUUACUAUUAAACCAUUGGAUAAGAAAAUCGAUGUCUUCAAGUUCAACUCCUCAAAGCUGCGUGUUAAUAAGCUGAUUCUUCAGCUGUGUAUUGGGAACCAUGACCUUUUCAUGAGGAGAAGAAAGGCCGAUUCCUUGGAAGUUCAGCAGAUGAAAGCCCAGGCCAGGGAGGAGAAAGCUAGAAAGCAGAUGGAGCGGCAGCGCCUGGCUCGAGAGAAGCAGAUGAGGGAGGAGGCUGAGCGCACGAGGGACGAGCUGGAGAGGAGGCUGCUGCAGAUGAAAGAAGAAGCGACAAUGGCCAACGAAGCACUGAUGCGGUCCGAGGAGACAGCUGACCUGUUGGCGGAAAAGGCCCAAAUCACUGAGGAGGAGGCAAAACUCCUGGCACAGAAGGCUGCAGAGGCUGAACAGGAAAUGCAGCGCAUCAAGGCCACGGCCAUUCGGACAGAGGAAGAGAAGCGCCUGAUGGAGCAGAAGGUGCUGGAGGCCGAGGUGCUGGCACUGAAGAUGGCUGAAGAGUCAGAGAGGAGGGCCAAGGAGGCUGAUCAGCUGAAGCAGGACCUGCAGGAAGCCCGUGAGGCAGAGCGGAGAGCCAAGCAAAAGCUCCUAGAAAUCACUACGAAGCCCACAUAUCCGCCCAUGAACCCAAUUCCAGCACCGCUGCCUCCUGACAUAUCAAGCUUCAACCUCAUUGGGGACAGCCCGUCAUUUGACUUCAAGGAUACUGACAUGAAGCGACUUUCCAUGGAGAUAGAGAAAGAAAAAGUGGAGUACAUGGAGAAGAGCAAGCAUCUGCAGGAGCAGCUCAACGAACUCAAGACUGAGAUCGAGGCCUUGAAGCUCAAAGAGCGGGAGACAGCCUUGGACAUUCUGCACAAUGAGAACUCUGACCGGGGCGGCACCAGCAGCAAGCACAACACCAUCAAGAAGCCUCAAGCCCAAGGCAGAAGACCUAUCUGCAUUUGAGCCCUCAAACUCACUCUGCAGAGCGCCAAGUCCCGAGUGGCCUUCUUCGAAGAGCUCUAGCAGGUGACUCCGCCAGCCCAGGAUCUACCACUGCUGCUGCUCCCAGCUCCGGCAGGAUGGGUCGGACACUGUGGGAGCCACCCGCAGGUGGGCUGGCUGGGAGCUGCCGUGGGAGCUCGGGGUCCGCCCCCAGCUGAGUGGAGAGCACAACCCCCUUCACGUGCAAUUGCCUUGAACUGUGCCCUGCAGAGACUUCUCUCCGAGGGUGCUCGUUCUCCUGACCUGAGUCUCUAAGUUUCUUGAGAAGUAUUUGUGUUUUCUCGUCUGCUGUGUGAUCCCUGACUUCCCUGAUCAGAGGCACCCUGGGGUGUGUGCCUUAUUGUCCAGUGCUGAGCUCCCAGCCCAGUCGGGGAGGUGGUCAUCGGGAGUGAAGUGCACAGGCCCCUGGAGACCAGGAGGCUGGUGCCCCCACCCCUGGUUUCCAGAACAUUCAUUUCCUCCACUGGGGAGGAACUGGCCUCCUAAGCAGCAUGGCCCACCCGCAGUGGCGCCGCCAUGACGGGGUGAAAACUCGGCAGAAGCUGCAAUGAUGGGCUAGCUGCCAGCAGAAGUGCUGGGAGGCCAGGCAGCCAUGUAGGGACCUGCACCCUGCAGAGCACACACUGCCCCUCCUCCUGCCCCCCCAACCCAGGGUCCAAGGGGCAGGUGGGAGCCACUUGUCUCUUUCACCCUGCGCCAGCCUCCACCUCUCCUGCUGUGGAGGCUGGGGGACUCCCUGGUAGUGCUCUUGUCAGCACCCGGUAGCCCCGCCUUGACCGUGACCAGGGGCUCCGUAGAGCAGGGAAUAAGCCUCACCCAGUGAAGAGGUGCUUACUAAUGACACGCGAGGGCCAAGAGAGAGUCCGAGAGCUUGAGCCGUCUCUGGCAGCCCCAUGGGGUUUGAGAAACCGAGACACUCACGGCGAUCCUGCCUUGUGCUCUUGUCAGGCUGACCCAACGGAGUCCUGGGCUGGCUGCCGUCUGUCUGCAUGGGCCACCUUGCCCCAAGGAAGCCGGCCCUGUGUGUCACUCCAGCCCCUCAGGACCCACAGGAUAUGGGACUCUGCAUCAGAACACUAAGUGUGGGUGGCUAUGACUGAACGAGUUCCUUUGUGUCUCCCGAUCCCUCAACGUCCUCGUCCCCAGAGAUGAGAGGGAGUCCUUGUUUGUAAUGUAAGGUCUGACCCUCAUACUGAGGCUCUGUCUCCUCGGGCUCACCACCCCUCCCUGAAUUUCCACGAGCAUUACUUUCCUCCUGACCUGUAAAUUUAAUCCAUAACUGGCUGUGAGCACAGGAGCAUGGUGGUGGUUUGUAAAAACAUUGUCAGGCUUUUUUAAAAUUAUUAUUUUACCACCGUGUGUAGUCUGGGAGAUGCCAAGCUGUGUGGCCCCAAGGGAGCCGGCCAGUGUCUGAGCUGCGGCAGGAGCCGUGGGGCAGACCUGGAGGCCCACAGAGCCUUGCCCAGCCCAGAGCACUCAGCCCCCCCUCAGAGAUGAGGGCUGGUGGGAGUCUCCCAAAGACAGGUGGGCAGAGAGGGUGGGGGCUUCAGCCAGGGCUCGAGCUCCAGCAGAAGGGAUGAAAGAGGAGGUUGGUUUUCAGACACUUGUGCCUGUGUUCUUUUUAAGUGAACAUUUUUAGGGCUGGAAGCCCAUCAAGUAAGGAAGCCUCCCACCUCCAUUGAGAGCAGGGCCCCGGCCACAAUUGUUUCAUUAUAAGCUCUUCCGAGGGUUCUCGGGCAGAUGCGCCAUUCACGAAGUCGCUGCCCAGCUGUGACACUCCGAGAGGCUGCGCUGUCAGCACUCGGCUGCCCUACACAGAGCGCCUCGGUCAUCCUGAUGGGGCCCCCACCUCAGCCACAGCGACACUCCGACCUGUGGUGCUGCCUGGAUUACUCACGUGCCCCCCGGGCCCCGCUAGACAACACCCGCGGCAUUACAUAACACCUCUUCAGCGACUGUUUUGUAAUCCUGGGGGCAGCUCUCUCUCUCCCCACCUCUUUCAAAUCAAAACGGCAGGUCCAGAGGCUGACAACCAAGGACCGUGACUUAAGUGUUGCUCGCCGACCAGCUGGAGCUUCACAGCCCCUGGGGCCAGGCUGUGGGCUCCCAGGGCAGCCCCAUCCCUUCUCAAACACAUCCAGCCCCACCUCUCCCUGUGGGGCCUGAGUUUUUGCCUCCUGUCAGGGCCAGACCCUGGAACACUACUCUCUGUUUUGGAGGAUUGUUGUAAUUUAAACAAUUGUUUUAAUAAAAAUUCUAAGCUGUAAAAA